AUGGCAUCAAGCUCGUUUUAUAAUAAGAAAAGGAAGCCGAUUCUCAUCUCGGUGUUGCUUAUUGUGGUGAUCAUCUUUGUUACCAAGCUCACCAGCUCAUACCGAUCGACCAAGAAUUUCCAAGAAGUCUUACAAAAUAUUCCCAAUGAAAAUUUGUUAGGUAUAUCCAAGCUUUUAUCAAAUGAAAAUGAAUUAAAACAAGAUGAAUUCUUGAAAAAAUUGGAAAAAUUAAAUAAAAAAUUGUUAUCCAAACAAGAGGAACUCUUAUUAAGUUUACAAGAACAAAAUUUACAAAUAUUACAAGAAUUGAAAACAAUGAAAGUUCCAUCAGCAAGUUUAUCAAUAAGGGAUAAGUUAGUUUACUGUUUCCCUUACGAUCCAUCAGUUAAAUUCCCGGCGUAUAUCUGGCAAAGUUGGAAACAUGGAUUAAAUGAUGAAAGAUUUGAUAAAAAAUAUCGAGAAGGGGAACUGCAAUGGGCUUGGAAAAAUCCCGGAUUUGUUCAUGAGUUAUUCAAUGAUGAUACUUCUCAUACUAUGAUUAAAUAUUUAUAUAAUCAAAUACCGGAAGUCAUUGAAACUUAUGAAUCAUUACCCGAAGUUAUUUUAAGAAUGGAUUUUUUCCGUUACUUAAUUUUAUUUGCAAGAGGAGGGGUUUAUGCUGAUAUCGAUACUUAUCCUUUACAACCAAUUCCAAAUUGGAUUCCAGAAAAUGUCAGUCCAAAUGAAUUAGGUAUGAUUAUAAGUAUUGAAACUGAUUCAAACCUGGCUAAUUGGAAGCUGGAAUCCGUAAGAAGAUUACAAUUUGGUCAAUUUGUUUUACAAUCAAAACCCGGUCAUCCCAUCUUAAGAGAAAUCAUUGCUGAAAUCGUAGAAACCACUCUUAGUAAAAAACGUGAAGCCAGUGAAAAAAAUGAACGUCUUGUACUUCUUGGUAAUUCAAAUCAAAAAUCUUUGGAAAUCUUGAAAUGGACCGGUGGUGGUAUCUGGACCGAUGUCAUAAUGAACUAUUUCAACGACUAUAUCAAAUCUUCCAUCUAUCAACAAAUUACUUGGAAAGAAUUCCACAAUUUAAAAAUCCCUAAAUUAGUCAGCGAUAUUCUUGUUUUACCAAUUAGUUCAUUUGCAUCAGAUUUAGAAAUUCCAAAAGACGGUAAAAUCGAAGACCCCUUGGCCUUCGUUAAACAUUAUUCUGCCAAAAUUUGGAAAACUACUUAG